GCAUAACGAUGACGAAAGAAUCCAGAAUUUUCAGGAAGGUCUAUCCGAGGGUUGCAAAACAAUUGCGUCAGAAACUUGCGCACUCUUCUCCCAAAAGUUUCAGAUCAAUACUAGUAAAUAAGAUACUGUGACCAUGUUGGUGGCGAGGCUGACAUGUCUGAGGACCCUCCCGCUGGCCGGGCUCCGUCCCGUGCUCUCAAAGGGCUGCUCCGGCCUGAGAACACCCACCCUGAAGACCACUUCCCCUCUGCUUGUGCCACAGCAGGGUUAUUCCUCUAAAGCCAGAUUUGGGUUCCGCCGUGUGAAGACCACCAAGGAACAGCUCAAAGAAGCAGCUUUUGAACCAGCAACAGAUACAGCCAUCAAAAUUGACAGCAUGGGGAGAAUGAUUCUGGCUGGAGGUGCUGCCGUUGGCCUUGGAGCCCUGUGCUACUACGGACUUGGCAUGUCCAAUGAGAUCGGUGCCAUCGAGAAAGCUGUGAUUUGGCCUCAGUACGUGAAGGACAGGAUUCACUCCACCUACAUGUACUUUGCAGGCAGCGUUGGACUGACCGCUCUCUCUGCUGUGGCUGUGAGCAGGACCCCUGCACUCAUGGGUCUGAUGAUGAGAGGAUCCUGGCUGGCAAUCGGAGCAACCUUUGCAGCAAUGAUUGGUGCAGGGAUGCUGGUUAGGUCUAUUUCGUAUGAGCACAGCCCGAUGCCCAAACACCUCGCCUGGAUGCUCCAUGCAGGUGUGAUGGGUGCUGUCAUCGCUCCCCUGACUCUCCUGGGAGGGCCUCUGAUGAUGAGGGCUGCCUGGUACACUGCAGGCAUUGUGGGGGGGCUGUCCACUGUGGCCAUGUGUGCUCCAAGUGAGAAGUUCCUCAACAUGGGAGGGCCUUUGGCUGUUGGCUUCGGAGUGGUGUUUGCCUCCUCUAUUGGCUCCAUGUUUCUGCCGCCCUCCUCGGCAUUCGGCGCAGGGCUGUACUCUGUCGCCGUGUACGGCGGUCUGGUUCUAUUCAGCAUGUUCCUCCUGUACGACACGCAGAAGGUUAUCAAGAAGGCCGAGACCUAUCCACUCUACGGUGUGCAGAAAUUUGACCCAAUUAAUGCGUGUAUGGGGAUUUACAUGGACACACUGAACAUUUUCAUGAGGCUGGUGAUGAUUCUGUCCAAUGGCGGCGCAGGCAGAAGGAAGUAAACAUCAGGAUGAGAUCUGGCGCAGUUCUUCAUUCCACAGAGCUGAAAAAAAAGUCCUGUUUAUUCCCAUCAACGUACAUAGAGCGUUAUCUUUUUUCCAGACAAGACUAAUGCAACUGGUAGAAGUUUGAACGGGAAUGUUUUGCAUGUGCAGAAAGUUGAGGGUUGCGCUUUGAUGAUGCCAGUCUAACCUAAGAAGACUACACUGAUAACACACUGAGAGGGAGCUUUCAGAACAUUUUUGAGGUUUGUCGUCCAUCCUGAGGGGGCGUCACAUAGUCUGUCAUUGUCCAGUUACCUGCGUCAGAUCCCGUUUGUAUAAUUAUUGUUUUCUAUUUAUUUUUUCUGGAAAAAAAGUUCAAAAUUAGAUUUACAGAAACUCACCAUACGUACACCAACUGCUGAAUGCUCUUCAUUCACAGAACAAACAAAGCUGUAUUUACCUGCUUCAAUUCAGUUAUUUUACUUAUGUAUCGGGAUGAAGAUCUGACGAAUGAUAAAUAUAUUUCUGUAUAUUUCCAUAUAAUGCAGUAAUUCAAACAAAGGAAUCAAUCAAUAAAUGAGGAGAAAGUUGAAGGUUUUUUUUUUGUGUGUCCUAAUUUAAGUUGUACACAUGGUUAACUGACAUGAUGCUUCAUGCAGACUUUAUCACCAAAAAUUCUCUGCCUCUCAACAGUCAAAUGUUACAAAAUGCUGCUGUAUUGCACAAGCUCUGUCAGAUGAGAAAUAAAGGUGUUUGUAAAUAUG